AUGGAAAGUCCUCUAAGGGAUUAUGUACUGGGAUGUCAAAGUCAAAUAGGCAACGAUGCCAGGACGGAAAUCAACAUCUAUAUUCCGUCUCAGGUGAUUGUUAUUAGACCGGGGGCGCAGGAAAAAUGCAGCCACGAUGCUUUGGAUGUGAUCCAAGAGGAUUUGCUCGAGGUGGUCAAAAAUCGUUUCAACGUGGACUUGGAAGAUGUGAACCUCGAAGUGACGCCGGACAUGUACCGAGUCAAAACCAUUCGAGCGACAGUGUCAUAUGUGGAUAUGGGAGAAGAAAAAAAGGAUCCGACGAAAUUCAAAGAACGAAUGCAAAAUUAUGUAUGUUAA